UCUCUGGAAAUUUUAUGUGGAUUUAGAUCGUUUUAAAAAGGGACUUUUACAUCACGAUUAUGAUUAUGUUAUUAAUAUUUUGAAAAAUUACACAGAAAAGCAAGAUGAAAGUCCGUUAUUUGUUCGCUCUUGUUGUAAUAUACUUCGUACAGAGGUAAAACGUUCAGAAUAUCACUUAAGAAACAUCAUACAUCGUACAGUCCAAAUGGAUACCUUCAAUAUUCUAGGUAAAAUCUUAUUUGACUUAGGAUUAGACAUUUUGAUCAAUUUAGUGGACAACGAUGCCUGGGGGCUUGCAUUAGGUUUGAUUCAAACACUUAAUAUACAUGAUUUACCAUGUAAUGCCGAGUAUUUUUUGUUAUCGGCUGAGAUUUACUUGGCUAACAAAAAGGCAGUAAAAGCAUGUGAUUUACUUAAAUACAAAAAUAUUUUACGUACUAGUCGUGAUAAAUGGUUUGUUAAAAGUACCAUUAAUGAUGAGUACGUACGGAGCAAAAUAAUAUACAUGUUAUUGGAUUCAUUUUGUAAUGAAUUUGUUGAGUAUGCUUUCUUCCUUUUUCAAUUUUUACUUAAAGAUCAAAGCAGUCAGUAUUAUCCAAUAGAUUUAUCUCGUUACGUGGAUAAGUUAAUAAUGUUAUCUUUGUCAAAAAAAGAUACGAAUUUAAUCACAGAGAUAGCCAACUUAGUACUUAAAUAUACUUUUGCAUUAAGUACCACAACGUGUCGCGCACUAGUUUCAACAUUGAUUCAUAUGAACGAAAAUCUAGCAAGACAGAUGUAUAAUUAUGCAGAAGGAAUAGGUAUCUAUCCAGCAGUGAAGUCGUGGCCAGUAACAUACGUCAUUAUAAAUACUGAUUUAACAGAAGAAGAAAUAUAUCUUACAUUUUUGCAAUUGUUAAAACAGCUUAUAAUAAAUUUUGGACAUGCGAUUGAGUUUGCUAAACCUCAUCAAAUCAAAGUAUAUCUUAUCUUGGAGGUAAGCACAUUUUUUAUAAAUGGGAUUGUUAUAAAUUACGUUUAGAAUA